CUGAAAUGUAGAACUGUGAAGAGGCGUGAAAGGAAAAUGCUCAGCGUCAGUAUAACCAAAGAUUUGAGGAAGGUUACUUUCCAUCACCACCUCUGGGCGGUGCAGCCUCUUCCACUAAACAGGGCAAGAGGGAGUUAAAGGAGCAGCUAAGAGCAGCUAACCGCAGCUGGCGCACGGUGGGCGUGUGGACGUCUUCUCAGACACACACGUAUUGUUUCUCAGCAGCAGAGUUGACUCACACGGCAGCCAAAGAGGACAGAAGACAGUGGGCUCUUUAAGCAGCCGUUAGCAUCUCUGGAUAAGUCGCAAUAACGCUACUUGAAGCCAUGGGGAAAGGAUGCAUCACAGUCACCAAGUACUUUCUCUUCCUCUUCAACCUUCUUUUCUUUAUCUUUGGCGCAUUGAUCAUGGGCUUUGGACUGUGGGUUCUCCUUGAUAACCAGAGUUUCAUUGCGGUUCUACAGGAAUCAUCAGAAACAGUGAAGGUGACUUCCUACAUCCUCAUCGGUGUGGGUUCUUUGUCAAUGGCCAUGGGCUUCUUCGGCUGUAUAGGAGCCAUAUAUGAAAUCCGUUGUCUGCUGGGACUGUACUUCACCUGUCUCCUGCUCAUCCUCAUCGCCCAGGUCACUGCUGGAGUUCUUAUUUACUUCCAGAGAGAUCGGUUGAAAUAUGAAAUGUCCAUCAUCAUAAAGGACAUGAUAAUCAACUACACCGGCCAGAACAGGACCACAGAGCAGGCCUGGGACUACAUUCAGAGUACAAUGAAGUGCUGUGGCUGGACUGGUCCAGGAAACUGGUCUGAGAAUCUUUUGAUCAAGAACAGCUCCCAGAAAUUCUACCCAUGUUCCUGUCGCAAUGUGUCCCUGCCUGGCACCGAAAUCAAGCCAGGAGGCCUGUGCGAAGCCUUGUCCACAGACUUACCCGUCUUUGAAACGGGCUGUAUAACCAGUGUGGAGAAAUGGCUCCUGGACAACUGUGGAGUUAUUUUGGGAAUCUGUUUUGGUGUGGUAGUCGUGGAGCUCCUCGGGAUG